GGUCAUUAGAGCACUGCCACAAUGUCAAAGAAGCAGGAGAAGAAUGCUCGCAGCCAGCCCCGUGAGGGGCAGCCACUGCUGUACCGGCGGCGGCAGCAACAGGUGACCCCCAGGCAGCCACAGGCAGCACCUCAGGUCACCUGGACAACCAUCACACCCAUCCCUGGGGACAGGCCCACUCUGUUCCCCAGACCCAUCCCGUCACGCAGCCCCACCAGGUCCCUCACACGCAGGGGCAACCAGGGGGGCGGGCGCUCCGUGCCCCGCAGCAGUGUCACAGGGCCACGGAGAUUGUCCGUGUCGGACUUGCCGCCUCUCCACGGCCCUCAGUUGACACUGACCCCCCCACAGCAGCUCAGUGCUCAAAGCUCAAGGGCAUCCACUGACUGCGUUAAGCUGCCCCCUCUGCCAGCAGCAGCAGCAGCCUCUGGAUCCUCUCCCAGAGGCACAGCACGUGCUGUGGGCCCCAUGGCCAGGGGCCAGCCAGAGCGAGUACCACCUCCUCCAUGGGGCACGCUGGCUGCGGGCAGAGCCCAGGGAACACCUUCCCUGGGGAGCAGAAUGGAAGGGCUGUGGCAAGGGUCAGCAGCAAGGCAGGGACAUCGCCUACCACCCGUGCCACCGGCAUGCUGUGUGCCACUAGGCACUGGGGCCCAGCUGGGCUGGAAGUUCCUGAUAUGCUUUGAGACAAAGAAGCUGCUUGAGGUGCAGGCAGGGCAUGGUGGCAACACCUACAAAGAUCUUGAUGGAGGCCUGGGCCCAUACCUGUUAGAAGACACGUCGAUGGCAUCCACCUGCACCUGCCAGCAGUCAAAUGCCAAGCAUGAGGUGGAUGCAGAGCCCCAGGAGCCGUCCAGUGCUUCCAGCUCAACGCAGAGGUCCACAGAAGAGACAACAAAGUGCUCUGAGCUCCUGUCCCCAGUGCAGUUGGCAAAGCAGAGCUCUGCCUCUGGAAACUCGCAGCCCUGGGACACUUCUGUAGAGGAACUGGAGGAGAAGUGGGAGGAGGAAGAGCUCCCAGAAACACAGGCAGCAGGAGAGUGGCACAGAGACCUGCAGAGUGUGUCAUUUUCCUCACUGAAAGUGGACAAGGUAGAGGCAGAAGCUUGCGGCCUGGCUGAAGAUCCCUGGGACGAGGGGCAGAGCAAGCUCGUCCUCCCACCAGAGCCUGAGGAAUGCUCAGUCUUCUCAGCUUCUCCUUUGUCUGGAGGCCCCUGUGAGGAGAGGGCAACUCGUGGGCCAGCCAAGCACGCUGCAUUUCACAAGCAGCUGUGCAUGGGGCAUGAUGAUAUGCUACAGAUUAUGUGCAACAAGAGAGAGGAGCUGGGGAAGGUGGUGGAAGAGAAAACGCAUGCAGAGCUCUUUGGAGACAUCUUCUCCUCCAUGGGCAACGAAGAAAGCUCCGUGAGGUCCAGGUGCGUCCUCAGAGAUCCAUCAGGUGCCACCCUGGAACCAGCUGCAGACCCCUCGGUGCCACACAGCACUUACAGAGUGACAGGAGACGCCACAACAGAGACACAAAGCUGCUCAGAGCUUGUGUCUCCUGAGCUGUUGGCGGACCUGGUGUCUGACUCUGAGGAUUCGCCGUCGCUGGAAACUCUUCUGAACGAGCUCCUGGAGAAGUGGGAGCAAGAAGAAGCGGCAGGAGAGCGGGCCGGAGAAGUAGAGAGCCCGUUGUCGAUCCCGCCGCGAGACGAAGAGUUAGAGCCAGCAGCUACUCGUCCGGACAGCGACCUGAGCGACCAGGGGCACAGCGAGCCUCUCCCCGAGGAAGCAAAGGUGUUUGCGGUUUGCGCAGCGCCUGCCGAUGCCGCGGACGAGGCCGACGCGGCAGGCACGGAGGCUGGCCGUGCCCAGGCCGCCCCUGCCCAGGAAAAGCCCUGCGGGGAUGAGGCGCCGGCAGGAGCUUGCCCGGCGCCUGCCCAGCCCCUGGCCCGCAGCGUUGCUGCCGGCCCCGCUGGCAGCGCAGCCGUCCCGCAGCCCCCGGCCCCACGGCGAUGGCGCUUCACGGCCAAGAGGGCCCGGCGGGCUCUGCGCCGCCUUUUCUCCUGCAGCUGUCUCAGGGGGCAGCCGGAGGAGUGA